AUGGGUACCGGAAAGAAGGAGGCCGCCCGUAAGGUGCGGCAGGGUAAGCUGGACGAUGGCAUGGGAAACGUGAAGACCAAAGGUGAAAACUUUUACAGAGAUGCAAAGAAGAUAAGGACCUUGAACAUGUUCAAGGAUGGCAAGGCCCAACGGAAUGCUUCUGGAAAAAUCACCAAGGCUGCCUCCUACCAGUCGCGCGAUGCCCCGGUGGCUCGCAUUGAGCCUAACCGGAAAUGGUUUGGCAACACCCGGGUCAUCUCACAGCAGGCACUGUCUUCAUUCCGUGAGGCCGUAGCAGAGCGUGCAGCGGACCCAUACCAGGUCCUGCUCAAGACCAACAAACUUCCCAUGAGUCUCAUCCGGGAUGGUGACGGGGUGAAUGGCUUGAAACAGCACCAGGCUAAGAUGGCAGUUGAAACCGCUCCAUACGUUGACACCUUCGGUCCCAAGGCUCAGCGAAAGCGAGUGAAGCUAGGCGUGGCAUCUCUGGAAGACCUUGCUGGCGAGACCGCCAAGAUGCACGACUCGUACCUCGAGAAGCUGGAUCAAGGCACAUUCGCGGAUGGGACUGCGAUCGUGAAUGGCGACGACGUCGCUCGCGAGGACCCCGGCACUUAUACGACUGCGCGAGAGUCGGUAUUCUCCAAGGGGCAAAGCAAGCGGAUUUGGAAUGAACUUUACAAAGUCAUCGACUCCUCCGAUGUUGUGAUCCACGUUUUGGAUGCCCGUGACCCCGUUGGUACCCGCUGCCGGAGUGUUGAGAAAUAUAUCCACGACGAAGCUCCACACAAACACUUGAUCUUUGUUCUGAACAAGUGCGAUCUUGUCCCGACCGGCGUUGCUGCUUCCUGGGUCCGCCACCUGUCAAAAGAUUAUCCCACUCUCGCGUUCCACGCCAACAUCAAUAACUCCUUUGGUAAAGGCUCUCUCAUCCAGCUGCUUCGCCAAUUUUCAGCCCUGCACUCCGACCGGAAACAAGUUUCUGUCGGUUUCAUCGGAUACCCUAACACCGGCAAAUCUUCCAUCAUCAACACUCUUCGGAAGAAGAAGGUCUGCACCGUGGCUCCUAUCCCUGGUGAGACCAAAGUGUGGCAGUACAUCACCCUGAUGAAGCGGAUCUACCUCAUCGAUUGCCCUGGAGUCGUUCCGCCAAACCAGAAUGACACUGAGGAGGACAUCCUUCUUCGUGGCGUUUGCCGGGUUGAGAAUGUGGAGAACCCAGAACAAUAUAUUCCAGCUGUUCUUCGCCGCGUCCAACCCCGUCACCUGGAGCGGACAUAUGGUGUUAAGGAUCAACAUGAUGCCAUUGAGUUUUUGAGUGUUCUUGCUCGCAAGGGAGGCCGACUACUCAAGGGAGGCGAGCCGGACCUGGACGGCGUGGCCAAGAUGGUGAUCAAUGAUUUCCUCCGCGGGAAGAUUCCUUGGUUCACGCCUCCUCCAAAGGGAGCUGGCGUGGAAGACGGUAAGAUCGAGGGUCGUGAAGGCCGACUUGGGGAGAUGGGACGCAAGCGCAAGUUGGACGAGACAACCUCUGAGGCAGCCGACGAGAAAGCCGAAUCCUCCGAUUCGCAGCCUGGUGGUGAUCAGGAGUUUGAGGGGUUUGAAGAGACCGACGAUGAUAACGACUCCAUUGCAAACCUGGAAAUCAGCGAUGAAGAAAGCGGCGAGGAGAACGACUGA